GAUGAUAUCGGUGACGUUGAUGAGUGCGGAGCCGAGAGAAUAUCCGACGCUUGAGUUAUUUGCUCCCGCUGUUACCAACUCACAAGCGCUCGAGCUUUGUCUUCCGUUUACUGCUUGCUUAUUGCCACCAUGGCCACUGCUCUCGCAAGCUUACUACCAAAACCGCUGUACUCGACAGUGCAAGAGGAAGAGGAGCACAUCGACCUUCCCGCGCCAACCCUCGCAAUUGCUCCGCGCGCCCUCAUCCCGCCGUACGGCCAGCGCGCGAAUUGGAGACCGACGAAAGCGGAUGACUUUGCAGAUGGAGGUGCUUAUCCCGAGUGUCAUGUUGCGCAAUACCCGAACGAGAUGGGGAGGAAGAAGACUGCGGCUGGGAAUACGCUUGCCCUGCAAGUCGAUGCGGAGGGGAAUGUUCGCUACGAUGUGAUCGCUACUCAGGGUCAUAGGGAAGGCGUCAAAGUACAGUCUCAAUUCAAAGACCUCGUUCCCCUCACACAGCGGAGCGACCUUACCCAAGCCGAGCGUUCUAUGGACCUCCCGACAGAGGACGAGAUCGCUGCUACUGCUGAGCGGACCAAGGCCGCGCUCGAGAAGCUCGUUAAUGGGAAGAUUAAGGCUGCGCAGCCUAAGCACGUCCCGGAGUCGCAGGGGAAGAGCGAGUUCAUCCGGUACACACCGGUGCAGCAGAACGGCCAGGGGUUGAAGCAGCGGAUCAUCAAGAUGUCUGAAGUUGUUGAGGACCCCUUGGAACCGCCAAGGUUUAAGCAUAAGAAGAUCCCCCGCGGGCCGCCGAGUCCUCCCCCGCCUGUGCUGAGGAGCCCACCGAGAAAGGCGACCGCGGAGGAACAAAAGGCGUGGAUGAUCCCGCCUUCGAUUAGUAACUGGAAAAACAACAAGGGGUUUACGAUACCCCUGGAUAAGCGGCUCGCAGCGGAUGGCAGAGGUCUUCAAGACAUCCACAUCAACGACAACUUUGCCAAGUUGUCAGAGGCACUGUUCGUCGCCGAUCGGCAUGCGCGUGAGGAAGUCCGGCAGCGCGCUCUGAUGCAGCAGAAGCUUGCGCAGAAAGAGAAAGAACAGAAAGAGGAAAACCUGCGCUUACUCGCCCAGCGCGCAAGGCAGGAUCGCGUUGCUCCUGCUCCGGUGGGAAGGGAGUCUGGUGCAGGGGAGAGCUCGCGUGCUGCUCCUCGGGCUGGGCUUGGGCUUGCGGACUAUGGGAGUGAGGAGAGCGAGAGCGAGCCGGAAGAGGGGCGGGAGGAAGAGGAUACAGAGGCUGCCAGGGUAAGAGACGAGAUGCGCCGAGAGAAGCGGAUGCAGCGCGAGCGCGAAUUGAGGAUGAACAACAUGGGCACCGAGCAGCGUGCCAAGAUGUUUGCACGAGAACAAAACCGUGAUAUCUCGGAAAAGAUCGCUCUGGGCCUGGCUAAGCCCAGCGUGUCAAAGGAAUCGAUGCUCGACCAACGGCUAUUCAACCGGGACUCGCUCUCCGGUUCCUUCGCCGACGAAGAGUCUUACAACCUGUACGACAAGCCCCUGUUCCACGGGUCGAGCGCCGCAGCUGCCAUCUACAGGCGGGGAGACCUCGGUGCGGGCGCAGAGGACAGUUUUGGCGGAGGGACGGAGGAGGGGAUCGGCGAGGCGCUCAGGAACGAUAGGUUUGGCCUGGGAGCACCGAGGAACGGGUUUGCGGGUGCGAGCGAGCAGGAGGUCAGAGAGGGACCGGUGCAGUUCGAGAGGGAUGACGGGGCGGGGGCGGGGGCGGGGGCGGGGGCGGGGGCGCGGAUGCGGAUGCGGGCCGGGGCUGGGGGAGAAGCGGAAGGGGAAGGGGACGUCUUUGGCGUUGACCAGUUUUUGGAAAAUGCGGUUAGGGGGAAGAAACGCGGGUUGGAGGAACAGGCGGGUGAUGCGCGUAAAAGGCGACAAUUGGAUAAGGCGGACGAGAGGGAGGACUAG